UACAAUUGCUUAAUAUUCCAAGUUUAUUACAUGGAUCAUUAAUCAAUUUGUAUUUUGUUUGUUCUGUUUCUGCUUGAUUUGUUGUUAAUAAGUUCAUGGAUCCAUGAAAAAAAGCUGAAACUGCAUAUAGAUCUGUAGCCUGAUUAAAACUAGCCACUGGGUCUGGUAUUUCUGUCUUUCUCUGUCAGUUCAAGGAUCCAAUUUGUUGUAAAAGUUUAAGUUAGUAGGAAUUUGCCAUGCAUAAAUUUAAAAUUAGUAUGGAAAGUAAAUAAGUAUGAUUAAAUUUGAAUAUUUUAAUUUAGUAAAACUGAAAAUAUAUACAGAGAUGUACAAAAGAUCGAAGGUGAAUAAAUAACAAAAGAUUUUUUUUUUUUUUUACUUAAGCUCAAUUCUUUAAUUGUGCGAUCAACUGAGUUUAAAAAAAUGAAAGGAAAAUUUUUAAAGCAGCUACAGCUAUAUUUGGGAGUAUCAAAUCGGCUCAUUGGAAUUGUAGGAAGUUUAGUUCAAAGCUUCACAAACACAACAUAACAGUUAUUGCCAAGCCAUGCUUUUGGAAGAGAAUGUUAGUCAGUUUUAAGAAAUUAAAUUUCCAAAAAUGAUUACUAUUAAAAUGUGUCUGCGGAGAUAAAUGUAUGUCAAGACAAAGAAGGACAAAAGUAGAAAUAAAAAUCACAUCAAUUGGAGAUAAAAUUAGAGAGUCUACUAACAUGGUUUUGGUAAUGUGCAGCAAAAACCUACAGUUGUGCUUGUGAGGAAUAAUUUCUUUUUCGUCAAUGGCGAUGAUAAAAAAAAAAAAAGACGAAACUAACACGAGUUCAUGUAGUAAGGAAGUUAUAAGAGUGAGUAGUUUUAUUGAAGUUAUCAUUAACCCUAGAAAGAGCAAGUGGUGAAAUAUUUUACAUGUACCAGCAUAUGGAAAAUAAUUGAGGAAAUUUUGUUGAGUUGAGUUGUUCUAAAACCUUUGUGAAGCCAAAGCAUUUUGUGUUUGGAUUUUUUGUUGUGUGUGUUCCAUUUAACCCUUGCCUGAUGUAUAAUUCAUUCAGAUAUUGUAAAGGGGAGAAAAGUAAAAAUUAGUAGUGUUGAUGAUGGAAUCAUUAAGAUUAGAGAUGCUAUAUGCUGUAAAAGAGUUCUGGUUGUUCUUGAUGAUGUGGAUCAAUUGAACAUAUUAAAUGCAAUACUCAUUAUGCGAGAUUGGUUUUGUCCGAGAAGUAAAAUUAUCAUAACAACCAGACAUGAGCAAUUGCUGAAGGCACAUGAGCUUGAUAAGAUUUACAAAGUUAAGGAAUUAAACGAUGAUGAAUCGUUUCAACUCUUCUGUUGGCAUACCUUUGGACCAAAUCAUCCCAUUGAAGCUUACUCUGAGAAGUCAAAAAUGGUCGUAAAGUACUGCGGAGGGCUUCCUUUAGCUCUUCAAACGUUGGGUUCGUCUCUAUCUGGUAGACCUAUAGAUGUGUGGGAAAGUACAUUAAAGAAAUUAGAAACUAUUCCUAACACUCAGAUCCUAAAGAAACUUAAAAUAAGCUUUGAUUCUCUACAAGAUGAUCAUGACAGAAUCGACAUUACUUGUUUCUUUGUUAGAAAGGAUAAAGAUUUCACAAUUACAAUACUAGAUGAGUGUGAUUUCUACACAAAAGCUGGGAUACACAAUCUCAUCGAUAGAUGUCUCAUAACUAUCGAUGACAACAAGAAGCUGGCAAUGCAUCAGUUGCUUCGGGACAUGGGGAGAGAAAUCAUACGCCAAGAGUCACCGAAGGAACCUGGGAAACGCAGCAGAUUGUGGCAUCACAAGGACGCAUUUAGUGUAUUAAAUGAAAAAACUGGAACAGAUUCCAUUGAAGGUCUCAUCCUUAACUUGAAUGUGUCUGGGGAAGAUAGGUCCACCGAGGAAUUCGUUGGUUUAGAUAAUGCAAAAAGACACUAUUCAGAAGACUUUCUUGACAAAUCAGCAUUAUUAUUGGAGAACAAUUCAUUGAAGCGGCGUCAUUUAGGGUUCUUCUCUUGGCUCCCCAUAAAUUCUGCCUCAACAAGAUCGCAUUCCACAUCAGAUGAAGUAGAUUUGCAAACUGAUGCAUUUUCAAGGAUGCACGGAUUAAGAAUACUCCAGCUGAAUAAUACGAGGCUCACAGGAGACAAUGAAGAAUUCCCUAGGAAGUUAAGAUGGUUGUGUUGGCGUGGGUUCCCUUUAGAAUCUAUACCCAGUGGCUUUCACCUGGAGAGUCUUAUUGCCCUUAACAUGCGCAAUAGUAGCUUGAAACAUGUUUGGAAUGGAAACAAGUUGCUCAGAUCGUUCAAAAUCCUCAAUCUCGGUCAUUCCCGUGGUUUUAUCAAUACGCCUGGCUUCUCACAAGCCCCCAAUCUUGAAAGGUUGAUUCUUAAAAAUUGCAUAAAUUUGAUUGAGGUUCAUGGAUCAAUUGGGGAUUUAGGGAGACUAGUUCUGUUGAAUCUAAAAGGAUGCAAAAAACUUCGGAAGCUUCCAUCAAAAAUUGGCAGGCUAAAAUGUCUUGAAGUACUCAUUCUAUCUUCUUGUUUAAAGCUCGAGAAGUUGCCAAAAUAGCUGGGCAAGAUGGAGUCUCUGAAAGUGCUCCUUGCAGACGAGAUUGGAAUAAAUCAAUUACCCUCCAUGACUACUGGGGUAAGAUCAUGGCCUUCGCACUUCCGGGAUUGGCCAUUGGGACCAAGAAGAAUUCCAGAAUCGAUCAGCUUUUCGCUGUGUUCUUUACCACGCUCAUUAUCAGUCUUGAGUCUUACUGGCUGCAACCUAUCAGAUGAUGCUAUUCCAAAGGAUCUUGGCUGCCUAUCCCAGUUGCAGAACUUGGAUCUAAGUAGAAAUCUGAUCUGUAGCAUACCAGAGCGCAUCAAGGGUCUCACUAUGCUCCACACACUCAAUCUACGCAACUGCCCAAAACUCCAGUUACUUCCAGUGCUUCCAACGAGUUUAGGGGAGUUGGGAUUACUCGAGUGCAGGGCAUUGGAAAUGAUAACAAAACUACCAAACCUGUUGAAUUCACUGUAUUUGUUGACAAAUUCGUGUGACAAACUAAGUGAGGUUCAGGGGUUGUUCAAGUUAGAACCCAUUGGAAACUUUGAUGAAGUGAUGAUCAGCAAUUUGGGAUUGACCAACUUGGAAUUCCUAAGAAAUAUUGAAGUUUCUUUGUUUAACCUUAUGACGGAAACUAAAAGAAAAGUUCCUCUACAGGGACGCUAUGAAUUGGGUAUAUUGAGCACUUUUCUCCCUGGUAAUGAAGUUCCAGGCUGGUUCAGCAUUAAUAGCAAGGAAUCUUCAAUAUGUUUUAAGGUACCUUCAAAUCCUAAUUUCAAGAUCCAAGGCUUGAAUGCAUGUGUUGUUUAUGCACAAACUGAUGGACAUUCUGGUGGUUGGAUCGAUAAUUGUUCAGUAUAUCUUGUUAAAUCUCCGGUAAAAAGCACAAUUAUCAGGGAGAAAGAGGACAGCUGGGUUUAUAAUUAUACAUCUACGUUACAAUUCCACUUUACAGUUCUGCAUGAUUGAAGUGAGUAAUAGGACAAGGGAUCUGAAGUGUAUAUAUUGCCCAUCAUUCAUGGGCGUUCCAGAUGACGGGACUGAGAUGGUAUGGUUAAGCCAUUGGAAUUUUGUGAAUCAAUUAGUGAAGCUGGUGAUGAAUUGAAUGUUUAAGUGUUUUUCGGUGCGCCAAAAAAUGGAAGCGGUCGGUGUUUUAAGCUAAAGGAGUUUGGGAUCCACGUUGUGUUUGAGGAAGAAGAGAAGGGUACCCCAUACCACACCUAUCCUUCUUGUCAAAAUGUUGAUUUGUCAGUGUAUCAGGUGAGGACACGUGCCUACUUCCUCUGCAAUCAUAAGCGGAGAAUUUUACCCCAAUGGCAAUAGGUUACUCUGAACUUUAUUUGGAUAGAUUUUGUCCAAUCUCGAGUUUUGAUGACCUAAAGUUUCUUUAAUUUUUAUGGUAAAUAAUUAUUUUGUGACAUUUAAAUAAUAUGGGACAAAGAAAGAAUUAUUCAAAUAAAAUUUUAGAUCAUCCAAUAUCUUUAGUUUUGAUGACCUAAAGUUUCUUGAACUCCUCAUUCCUUUCUAAUAAAGUUCAAUAAAUUUUCUAAGAGCACUAUCUUUGUGGUGCAAUCACU